CGCGUGGGCUGGAAUAAUUUAAGGAUGAUGAGGGCUCAGACAAUACGAUCUAAGUCUAACGCGGCAUUUCUACCCCAUGACAGACAGGAUUAAGCUCACGUUCGAGUCUCUGGGUUUUCUAAAUUAUUAGUAUUAUUUUCAAGUAAUUAUUUUUUAUCGGAAAGGAACACGUUGACGUCUGGAUAUCCUUAGAUCAAGCUGUUGAGGGCGCGCUCCAAGUUGAAUAUACGACAGGUGACUUCAAGCAGAAGAUAACAACUCCUUCAGGAUGAGACUGUGGACUUUACUUGUCAUUAUCCCGGUGUGCGCAUCAUCUCCUCUGCCAGCCGAAACGUCUAAAUCCAAAGGUCCGGCUGUGGAGAGCCGCUGCUCCGGACGAGCCUGCAACCCCCGCAUGGGCAACUUGGCCCAGGGCAGAAUGCUGGGCACCCAGUCGGUCUGCGGCUCCAACUCCUCGGAGCCCUACUGCGUCUUCAGAGAGACGGCUUCGCCCCGUGGCAGGGAGCCCUGCUCGGCAGCAAAAUGCAGCAAGUGCAACUCUGCUAUCCCCGUCCAGGCGCACCCUCCCUCUGCCAUGAGCGACUCUUCUUUCCGCUACCCAAACACUUGGUGGCAGUCCGCAGAGGGGGUGAAGGAGGAAACGCUCCAGCUCGACUUGGAGACGGAGUUCCUCCUCACCCAUCUCAUCUUGGUGUUUCGCUCCCCGCGCCCGGCUGCCAUGGUGCUGGAGCGCUCCCAAGACCACGGGCACACAUGGAAAGCCCUCAGGCAUUUUGCCAGAGACUGUGAGGAGGCGUUUGGUCCGGCAGAGGGGUCGCCAGUCGGGGAGAGUGGAGCAACCUGCACCUCCAAGUAUUCAGGAGCUUCCCCUUGUACCAGAGGAGAGGUGAUCUAUCGAGCUUUGUCACCCUGGAACUCAGUGGAUCCGUAUGGACCAGCCGCCCAGGACCAGCUCAUGAUCACCAACCUCAGAGUCCGUCUCCUGCAGCGCCAGCAGUGUCCCUGCCAGGCCAAACAUCCUGGUGCUGCUGUCCUCCCUACAGACCACUAUGCCAUCUAUGAUUUUAUUGUCAAAGGCAGUUGCCUUUGCAAUGGACACGCUGACCACUGUGUACCAGCCGUGGGCUACCGACCCAGCCAACAGAAGACCAACAACAUGGUCCAUGGCAAGUGUGUUUGCAGACACAACACAGCCGGUGAGCACUGCGAGCGCUGUGCUCCUCUCUACAAUGACCAACCCUGGCAGGCUGCCAACGGCAUCAUAGGGACGCCACACGAGUGCCAGAAGUGCAAGUGUAAUGGUCACGCCAAGAGCUGUCACUUCAGUCGUGGAUCGUGGUUAGCGACAGGACGGCGGAGUGGAGGUGUGUGUGACGACUGCCACCACAACACAGAGGGCCGUCACUGCCAGAACUGUGAGAGGGGCUUCUUCAGAGACCCCAGCCGACCAAAAACCGCCCCCGACUCCUGCAAAGCCUGUUCCUGCCACCCUGUAGGCUCCGUCCUCUCAGGAGGUAGCACUCUCUGUAACCCUAGCAGUGGGGAGUGCACUUGUAAGCCCGGUGUCGGAGGCCCCCGCUGUGACAACUGCAUGCUGGGAUACUGGGGGCUUCACGAAUACGGCUGCCGUCCAUGUGACUGCACAGGGGACUGUGACCCUUACACCGGUGACUGCAUUUCUGGCUCGGAUGUGGAGGUCUUCUAUACAGCCACCGGCCACAUGGGACACAGCAGCAAUAAUAGUGAGACGGCACUCUUUAGGCUAGAGGAGCUUUUCUCUGCACUGCACCACUCUGAGAAAUGUGAGUGUGUAGAAGUCACACUUGGCAGCCCUAAACUCUUCUGUGCUGCGGAGUAUGACUAUGUGCUGGUGGUGAAGGUAAUGUCAGCUCACGAUAAAGGCUCCCAUGCAGAGGUGGAGGUCAAAGUCAAGAAAGUCUUGCACCAGAACCCCCAGAUGAAGGUCCACAGGGGAAGCGUUACCCUUUACCCAGAGUCCUGGACCACCCAUGGCUGUACCUGUCCCAUCCUCAACCCAGGAUCUGAAUAUGUUGUGGCCGGUCAUGAGGACUGGAAGACCGGCCGACUGAUGAUCAACACCAAGAGCCUGAUUAAAUCGUGGACUUCAACCCUGGGACGUAAAAUCCUCCACAUCCUCAGGAAAGACUGUGGCCGCCGGUAGGGCAUCGGCAAGAACUACAGAGGGAUGGAGAGGUGGAGGAUGAUCUGUGACAUACCGGAGUGUGCAGAAGGAACAGAGGGACUGUUCCAAUUGGGCAUCGCUUUGACACUAAAAUGAAAGCAAAAUCUAAUGCGUGUGUCUCAAGAGGAGUGCACAUCCUCAGGAAACAGCUACAAUGCCACAGUGCUGUGGCAAUAAGCACAUUAUUCACCAGACUACAGUCACUUAAAAGUCAAAAAGAACAAAGCGCGACUUUUAAUCUGAACAAAAACAAAGAUGAUGGUGGAAUUUCAUUCCUGUACUGUAGACUUUCCAGGUUAUUUAUAAACGAUAAGCAAAGCAUGUUAACUCAAUUACACUUUAUUUCCUGGCCAAAGUUCCUUGAUGAGCCAGUCAAGUCCUACUGCAUCAAUUUCACUGAGAGACGUUUACUUUGAAAUCUUGAAAAGGCGCAGAGUAAAUUAUCCUUGUCGUCUCACAGAUAUUGCCGAUAAAUCAUGAAUGAAGUCAACAUUCGAUUGUGUGUGAGCAUGGAUGUGUGCACUUGCUUGAUAUCCUUCGCAGGGAGUCUGGGACUGCAGGUCAGAACAAGCAACUCCUGGACGAGGGGAGAGGAUGACAAAAACAUUACGGGAAUCAAACGGCUUAAUCUGAACAGCUCUGCUCAGCGCCGGCAAACUCGCAAGCCUGCUGUCUGACGAGAGCAAAACACACUCUGCUCCACCAUUGCAGGCCUGGCGUACACUCAACCGGCUCAAACACUUGGGAUUGAGUUUGCUGUCACAGCUGGUUCAGCUACAUGAAUGGGUCAUUGUCAGGUUGCUCCAUUCACAUUCUAUGAGGAUUUUCUGCUGUCCUUGUUCGAACCUGCUUCCUUGUGCGGAGGAAGAGGCUUCUCCAAACCCACGCGUGUGUGUGUGUGUGUGUGUGUGUGUGUGAGUGUGUGUGUGUGUGAGUGUGAGAAAGAGCACACACUCUCUUCACGUAUGCUCCUCUUUUUGGCCUGUGACUCCUGCCGGCUCAAAAUAAACAUGUAUUAAAAGCCAUUGACAUCACCGCAUAUCAGAUCCGGAGUCCACAGGUUCCCAGUUAAGAAUAGGUCUGGUCCGCUGUCUCCAAGGAGAAGGACAAACUCUGUGAGAAGACAUGAUGCAUUCCUCCAGCAUGACAUCAACGCUCAUGUCCUUGUCCCAUAGACUUUACCAAAAUAAGAGAAUGGGCUGGAGAUUUUCUUGUAAAGGACAAAUUAGUGAUUUAGGGUGCAUGAAUGUACUCUGCCAUCAAUGUGAUAUUUGUAUUGCUAUUUCUGUGUGUCCUAUAUGUUUGUUUUUUUCAUCUAAACUGCAAAAACGACAAAUCGGUGUGCUCAUUCUUAAUGCUUCAGGGAAAAGUCUGUUUCUUUCCAUGGUGACAUUAUGCUAAAGUACAAGACUAUGAAUAGC